AUGGCUCCGUUUCACGGACGUCUGAUUCUCGCUUUGGGACUUUUGAUCACCUGUGCAAAGUGCGGGAAACUGGUCGAGAAGGAAUGGUGGGAGACAGCGCUGGUUUAUCAAAUCUGGCCGAGAGGAUUCCAGGACAGCGACGGUAACGGCGAGGGUGACUUGAAGGGUAUCAUCAGUCGUCUCGAUUACGUGAAAGAUCUUGGUGUGGACACUAUCUGGGUGAACCCUAUUUACCCGUCGCCUCUAAUUGACUCUGGAUACGAUAUUUCCAAUUAUACCGACAUAAAUCCUGUUUUCGGUAGUCUCAAAGACUUCGAUGAACUGAUAAACGAAGCACAUGCACGCGAUCUAAAGGUUGUUUUGGACAUAGUACCGAACCAUUCGAGCGACCAGCACGAUUGGUUCGCGAAGUCUGCACGGAAGAUUUAUCCGUACACCGACUAUUAUGUCUGGUCGGAUGGAUCACUCAACGAGAGGAGGAAGAAUGUACCGCCGAAUAAUUGGAUUAGCACCUAUAGCGAUCAGCCGGGAUCCGCGUGGACAUGGCACGUUACAAGGCGACAGUGGUAUUACCAUAAAUUUCACAAAUCCCAACCUGACCUGAAUUUACGAAAUGAAUUUGUCUUGCAAGAAUUAAUGGGUGUGUUCAACUUCUGGUUGAACAGGGGUGUUGAUGGUUUCCGUAUCAAUUCUGUAUCGUACCUGUUCGAGGAUAAGGAGCUAAGAGACGAAUCUGUUGCCGGAACUUACACCAGUGAACUGCCUGAAAAUACAGAUCUUGUGUAUAGAUUUCGCUCCUAUAUCAAUGAUUGGGUGAAAGCAAAUAGUACUACUUCAAAAUUACUGAUUGUAGAAUCUUAUGAUUCUGAUGAAACACUGGUGAAAUUAUAUGGUAAUACUACCAAUGAGGGAAUUCCCCCGUUUAAUUUCCGUUUUAUCACCUCUAUCCAGAACACUAGUACUGCUGAACACAUUAAAAAAGUCCUGCAAGGUUGGAUUAACACGAUUCCCAAUGAUACAAGCACAAACUGGGUGCUUUCUAAUCAUGACAAUUCAAGAGCAGCUUCAAGAAUUGGACUGAAUCGUGUUGAUGGUCUUCAUAUGCUCAGUUUAUUAUUGCCUGGUCAAGCGUACACUUAUUAUGGAGAAGAGAUUGCAAUGCUAGAUAGGAAAAUAUUGUGGAACGAGACAAUAGAUCCUAUGGGUACAUCAAGAACAAGUAAAACGUACGAGAUAUACUCUAGAGAUCCUGCGAGAACACCAAUGCAGUGGAACUCCAACACAUCUGCAGGAUUUUCAACAAGCAAAAAAACAUAUCUUCCCAUUCAUCCGGAUUAUGUAGAUAGUAACGUGGAAUCCCAACAACGUGAUAAACAGAGUAACUUGAACACUUAUAAGUUACUUUCCAGUCUUAGAAAAAAUGCAGUGUUCACCCAUGGAGAGUAUGAGUUUCAAACUUUAAAUAACGAUCGUGUAUUUAUUCUCAACAGAUUUCUGAAAGGCUAUUCUAUGUACAUUGUUGUUGUCAACCUGGAACUACGUCAAGAAAUAGUUAAUCUAACAUCUUUGUAUCCAAAUUUAGAGGAUUCCAUAGAGAUUGUUGUUGCUUCUAGUAAUGCUGUUCAGCCUAUGAAACCUGUUUCUGCAAAAAAAUUAAUACUCAGUGCCAAUGCUGCAUAUGUAUUAAAAGCGGAGGAAAAACAAGAAGCAACCACAAGUAGUACAACAACUACAACAGACUCAGGAAAGAACUCUGCUGCUAAUUCCAUGGCAGUGUUAAAAUUAAUAAUAAGUACAUUUACCGUGAUACUGUUGUUAACAAAUUAA